GUUACUUGUGCGGGCUUAGCUUAGGCCGCCACAAGUACUGUUGAUAAUUGGACUUUGUGGUAGUAGAGCCCUAGUGCUCGCCAAGCAACUUGAGAGUUUGACUCAGUUUCAUUGCCGGGUAAUGCCCUGCAUGCCUUCCCUUCUGCAGUCAGUAGAAUAACAAAUACCUCAGUGGGGAUGCUGUACGCGUUGCUCGUCGCCGGGUAUAAGAAGGUACGUAUAGACAAAGCUCACAUUGACUUGAAGAACCAGUCAAUCCCGCCGACAGCUGGCAGUAACCCUUCACACUUCAAUCACGAUCAACGCCAUGUCCGUCAAAGCAUUUGCAGUCAUCGCCGGGAUCGGCUCAGGCACCGGCACUUGGCUUGCCCGCCGUUUUGCCAAGGCGUAUCCCGUUGCACUCCUGGCCCGCAACCCAGAAAGCUACGAGGCUCUGGUGAAGGAAAUCAACAGCGACGGCGGCAGAGCUAUUGGCAUCUCUGCCGAUGUGUCGAGCGAGGCGAGCGUCAAAUCUGCCUUCAAGACCAUUGCCCAGGAGUAUAACGACGCGCCAUGCGCAGCCGCCAUUUACAAUGCCUCGGGCGGAUUCGUGAAGAAGCCGUUUCUCGAAACUCGUGUGGAGGAUCUCGGCAAAGGGUGGACGGUCACCGUCAAGGGCGCGCUGUUUUUCUCCCAGGCUACUAUUCCUUUAAUGCUCAAGCAUGCCGAAGACGACUCCGCCCAAUAUCCUCCGACCAUCAUCUUCACUGGUGCAACUGCAUCUGUCAAAGCCAACGCACAAAUGUCGAGUUUUGCCGCCCCCAAGUGGGCACUUCGUGCCAUGAGCACUAGUCUUGCAAAGGAGUUUGCGCCUAAAGGUGUACACGUGGUUCACACAGUCAUUGACGGUGUAAUUGACAUCCCUAAGUCGCAAGACAUGCUGAAGGAUAUGCCCUGGAAUGCGAGGAUCGGCCCGGAAGAUAUCGCAAAGACGUACUGGGAUCUACAUACACAGAGUCGAAGAGCUUUUACGAACGAGGUUGACAUUAGACCGAUGCUCGAGAAGUGGUAA